AUGGAGGAGAUUGAAGUGCUCACCUGCAACUGUGUCUUCAAGUUGGAGCCACUGCCUGCAGGAAGAAAGGCCAUUGGGGCACGUUGGCUGUUCAAGAUCAAGGGCCUUGCCAAUGGCAUGAUCAACCGCUUCAAGGCCCAAUGGGUGGGCAAGGGGUACUUGCAACAGCCCAGAAUCAAUUUCAAUGAAACCUUCUCCCCCAUCAUGUGCAUUGAGAAUCUACAACUCCUGCUGGCCAUCACAACUGCACUCAACCUCAAGAUCCAUCAGUUGGAUGUGGACACUGCAUUUCUCAACGCCAAGCUUACUGAGGAGGUGUACAUCAAACAACCAGAAGGCUUUGUUGACCCCAACAACCCACACCACAUGUGCAGACUGCUAAAGAGCCUUUAUGGCUUAAAGCAGGCCCCACAUGAGUGGAACCACACCCUUGAUGCUCAUCUUUGUGACAACAACUUCAAGCCAACAGUCACUGACCUGUGCAUCUAUGUCUGUCAACAGGAAGACCAUCAACUAGUUGUGAUUGCUGUCUAUGUCAAUGAUUGUACAAUCAUCACUCCCAAGCACCUCCUCAAUGAGACCAAGAACGUGCUACACCAACACUUCAAGAUGAAGGACCUGGGCGAAGCUGAAUCCAUCCUCAGCAUCAAGAUUCACUGA